AUGGUGACUGGUGCACUUGAUGUUUGGAGGAGGCGAGCGCUAAUGCGAAGUUGCGCCGCAAUGCUGUCGGUGCAACGGGAGUUUCGCCGCCAUUGCCCGCCGGAGGUGGACAUGCUUCCUAUCCUGGAUCUCAGCGACAUCACAACCAUCGGCGGGUGGCGCAAGUUAAGGCAACUCUGCCACGAGUGGGGCAAGUUCUACCAUGUCCGCAUUCGGGCAUUCACAGCACAGUUUUUAUUCCUCCUGCUCAUCAUCGUUGGUGAGCUUGUAGCUGGCAUGCUCAUCUACCCCGCCUACAGCUCUGACAUCACCAAAGUGACUUUGACCUCCAUGGUGGUAUCUGCUGGAAUUUCAGCCCUUCUAAUCUCUGGCAUUGUCCUGAUGGUAUAUCUCGGCAACGAGGUCAACGCUUCAGUGGAGCGCCACAUCUAUCUGCUCUUUCGCCAGCGCAGUCUCAUGCUGGCCCUUCGCUUCAACAAGGCAGAGAGAUGUGAGAAGCUGCGAGCUGUACAGUCUACAGAGAUGCCAUUGGAUGAGUGCACCGAGAUGCUUGGGGCACUGGGUGAAGAGCUGGACUUUGAAGGCAAGGUCCGGCCACUGACUCUCUUCGGUCUUCGGCUCGGGUGGUCUUUGCUCUCGGCCUUGAACUUCAUCCCUUUGGGCGUUGCGACGACCAGCUGCAGACGUUACAGCAUGGUUGCAAUGGAGUCUACAAGUGAAUCUGCAUGA